CGAGCACAUUACCUAAUAUGUAAUUUUUUUUAUUCAUUCAAUUAAAUAGCUGAAUUUGGAAAAGAAGAAGAAAAAGAAAAUGCUGUUUUUUAGCAUACCUUGUCAUGAUCGAACUGGGACACUAGUCAUAGAGUCCAAUCUGGUCUCUAAACCCUAUAUCUAAAAGAACUAGGCGGACAACUCACCACCGACCCAUGCAUAUAUCUAUAUAAGAAGCAAUAAGAAACCUCAGAAAAAUUAAACAACAUUAUAAUAGUUCAACUUUCUAGUUUCGAGGCAUGGGAAACAUCCAGCAAAAAAAAGGCAGGGGAAACACGCAGCAGAAUGGGCAAGGUAAUCUAGUCUUCACUUGUCAAAUAUGCGUAAAGCCGAUACAAUUAAACCAGAUAUUCAAUAACAAAAACAAGUGUUCACACGCUGUUUGCAAGGACUGCAUAGCCAAAUACAUCCAAGACAAGAUUGACACCAAGGACAAGGUGCCCAGCAUUCAAUGCCCUGGCUUGAACUGCAACCAGUUUUUGGACCCUCUCUUUUGCAGGAAAAUAAUCCAAAAACCACGUUGCUUCUUAAUGAACUUCAGAUGUGGGACUUGUUUCGAUGAAGACAACAGCAAUAAACGUGAAGACCUCCGCCGUAAAGGUAUUCAGCAGCAAAAAAGAAUGAAAGACAACAGCCAUAAAAGAAUGAAAGACAACAGCCAUAAAGGUGGAGGCAACUGGCAGCAGCAACAAAAUAAUGAUUUUCUGGCCCGCAACUGCUUCUUCGGGGAGAUGGCUUCUAUGGGUUAUUUAUAAAAAUUGUAAUUAGAUAAGUUUUAAAGUUUUAUAGCACCAAAUUGCAGAAAAUAAGUUUGUGUUACUCGACUUUUAUUUUAUAACUAGUCGCAAACCCACACGUUGUGCGUGAUAAUUUUUUAGGUAAAAUAUUAUUUUAGUCCCAAGACUUU